CCAAUCAGCAUGAACACUAUGGCAACAGCCCCUACAACACCAUUCUUUUCCUUUGGGCCCGAGGAUAGUUUUAUCUCCAAGAACUACGAGGGCUUGAGAUAUCGUCAUCUCCCGCCAAGUCUUCACGAUUUGAUCAUCGGUGGCAGCGUGCUAGACGUAUACUGGGCAUCUCUCGGUCCUAUUCGUGAAUCCUGGGUUCUCAGCUUCAAAGAUGCGACUGGCAAACACAACCUUGCAUACGGUACCCAGAUUUCCCCACGUCUCCUCACACAUCUCAAAAAAGUGAACCCAUCUCCUCUGAUACGCACAUUUCUCGGCCCUUCGGACUCGUAUGUGUUCUGGGAUCCAACGUCGCUACGCUGGGCAAACCUUCCUGCCAGUCUAGAAGACGCAGUCCAAGCAUGGCUCACACCUGCCGGAUGGAAAGCGGGACCACCGCGCAUCGUAACAUGGGGCGAAGACGAUGCUUUUUUCGCUAUGAGUGAAUACGGCAAUGUUGCGUAUCGUCUUGGAAGAAAGAAAAACAGCACGUUUCCCAAUCACGACGACGACAUACGUUGGGAGAUCUGGCGCGAGACAGUCGAAGAAUGGCGGGGUGAGCGCGGGUUCGUAUGGAGUGAGGUAGCAUACAUCUCGCUGGACCCAUCAACCCCAGAUCAGUUCAUCGCGAUCCGGAAUGACGGGACAUGGGCAGGUUCUAUCGACGACAUAAACGAAGAAGCGCUAUCAGCUUUCUCAGCAAACUUCUUCAGAUUAUCGAAGCAGAAACAAAAGAACAAACCGCCACCAUCGUCGAGUCACCAGCAGCAACACCGCGCAAAUGGCAACUCAACCGCCCCCGAACCAAAACCCGAUAUCAACGCUCCCCCACACCCAGCAACCCAAGCCAUCUACGAACGCUGGGCAACAGAAACCGCAACCGUCUUCGCCGCAGCCUUAGCAGCAAACAACAAUCCCUCCUCCUCCCCUAUACCUUCUAAAAAAGCCCCACGAAAACUCCAAAUCCGCUCCCAAUCCUCAACAUCAACAUCAACGUCCUCCUCACCGCCUCCAGCAAUACCAACAGCUUCCCCGCCUCCCGCACUCCUCACAUCGUUUCCAUACCUCCCGCUCUCCCUCACAACAUGCACCCUCCCGUCCUGCGCGACUGGGAAAGCCGAUCCUAAGGGCUUGCGGGCCUGUAAACAUGACGUUGAGCGCUUGCUUCGUGCUAGCGGGCUGUAUAGCUACGAGUGGUUGAGACAGGAGAGGAUUCGUUGGCAUCCGGAUCGGUUCGGGCGGCUUUGCGCGGAGGAGUGGAGGGAGGAGGGUAGGAGGGUUGCUGAGGAAAUGUUCAAGGUUGUUGAUUGCUUGGUUGGGGAGGUUGGAAGAGGUAGGGGGUGA